AGGGUCAUCAUGAACAUCUUCCGUAUAUCGGCAGAUAUGUCGCACUUGCUUGCGAUUAUCAUCCUUCUGCUCAAAAUCUGGAAGAGCAGAUCGUGCUCCGGAAUCUCUGCGCGGUCGCAGAUUCUGUUCGCUCUCGUGUUCACUGCUCGAUACUUGGAUCUUUUCUCCACAUACAUUUCUUUGUAUAACACUACAAUGAAGAUCACCUUCCUCGCCGCUACGUACGCCACAGUGUAUCUGAUGUUCUUCAAAUUCCGCUCAACUUACAUGCGCGAGUCGGAUACCUUCCGUGUCGAGCUUCUCAUCGUCCCAGCUGCGAUCCUCGCUCUUCUCAUCAAUCACGAUUUCGCUCCAUUUGAGUUGCUCUGGACUUUUUCGAUCUAUUUGGAGGCUGUGGCCAUUCUUCCACAACUCUUCCUUCUCCAGUCUACCGGUUCCGCUGAGGUCAUCACUGCUCACUACUUGUUCGCUCUUGGCUCCUACCGCGCUCUCUACAUUUUCAACUGGAUUUACCGCUACUACACCGAGGACUAUUUCGAUCCAAUUGUCGUUGUUGCCGGAAUUGUACAAACUGUUCUCUACGCCGAUUUCUUCUAUCUUUACGUCACCCGUGUCGUCCAAACCCGUAAGGGUAUGGAGCUCCCAAUCUAAACGAACGAUUCCCAUCCUUUUUGACGUUUUUUCCUACGAGGUUAUAUUAAUCUUUACGGAGUUGGCGUUAUAAUUCACACUAAGUCUGGUCACUUUUACUUUUCUUCUUUUUGAUUGUUGGGAAAUAAUAAGAAUGUGUGCCCGCCAAACUCCGUUAAUUUAUUUCUCUGUGUGAUGAUUUUUAUGGGGGAUUUCCAAAGAUAUCCAUUUAUUCAGCUUUUUAAAAUAGAGAUUUAAUGUAUAAAUAAUGAAUUUUUCUGGAUUUUU